GUGUUGUUUAUAAACAACUAAAAGUUACAAAAUUGACUUGAUCAUCGUUAAUUGUUUAAAAAGCUAAAAACUUAAAAAUGCCUAUAAAGACAAAGGAAAUAAAAGGAAUAUUAAUACCCAUAGAGGAACAAGUAAACAGAUUGAAAGUGCUGAUAAACAGUAACACUCUUGCUGCAAAUGAUUCUACGUCAAGGAAAUCGGCCCUUUUGGAACAAUUGGCAUGUCUGGGAGAAAAAUUUGAUGCUCUAUCCAAAGAAGAGAUUAAUGAUUAUGAAGAAAUGGAAUCAAAGAUAACUAGUAUCGUGGAAGAAUUUUGUUCGCUAGAAUAUAUAAAUGAGUCUAUUGAGAGUAUAGACAAGCAGAUGUCAGAUCAGAUUUUGACGACUGUGUUAGAAAAAUUUAAAUUGACACUCGAAGCUCUAGAAAAAUUAGAAUGUUUGCCAUUGAAACAAAGAUUAACAGACUGUUUAGAUUAUGUCAGAGAAAUGGGCCAAGCAAAUGAAAUUGAACAUUUUCAAAAUAUCAAGGAGUUGGGCACAUCUAUUUUGGAAUUACUCGGACCGCUACAGAUAUACAGAAAAAGCUUAGUAUGUCAAUCUCUAGCCGAGAAUAUAGUACUAUACUCGUGUCAAUUGUGUGCAGCAUUCAGAUUGUUAGUGCAAUUAGUACAAGAGCAACAUCGGUUAAAUGCAUCUGUCUAUAAUUGCAAAAAAUACGUCUGUGAUAGACUCUGCUUUUGCUUGAAGAUGAUUAUAGAAAUAUUGGAUACAUCAGAUCCAUUACCUAAGGAUGAAGCAUUUGAACAAAAAAAUCAUUUUGUUUAUAGAAUGGACCUAGUAUUGGAUAUUUUAUCGGAAAUGCCGAAUAAAUCGCAACAAGAUCAAAUACUGGAAUGCAAAGAUUUAUGGUUUCGCAUUGAAGAUGUGUUCUCCCAUGCAAUGGCAAUUGCACAGGUUUGCAAGCCUUGCAGUUUUAAAGCAAUAACUGGGACUUGUCAGUCCAUUAUAUCGGAUUAUGAAAAUUUGAAGUUUCAAUUAAUGUCUGAAUCACCUGAUAUAGCAUUGAACAAUUUGUUUAUGAAUAGUUUGAACGACGCACUUUAUCGAUUAGAACGUAAGAUUAACGUGUCGGUACUGAAUCUUGUUAUGGAAGUUUUUAGCGAUCCUUUUCAUGCUUUGAGAAAACUUGUUACAAUCUGUGGUAAUUCAUUAAGCGCAAAGAAACGAUCUAAAAAUGAUUUAUCUAAUGCUAUAGAAGAUUUCGAUCAGAUUAUAGACAAAUCUAUGCAGAUUGGAUUAUUCGCUAUUGCUUCUUGCAAAGAUAGAAAUCGAAUUAAUCAAAUACGGAAUUGUUUGGCAAGCCUCGAAUCUUUGGAGACCGAAUUGAUUUCCGCCAUUACCACGUUUUAUUUACAUCCAGAGAGCAAAGAAAUGCGGGCUAAUGUAAAAUUGCUAACUGCACAGUGGCAAUUGGAAGUUAAUAAAUUACACGAUGCAAUCAAUCUGAUUAUGGAUUCUGCUGCUUAUUGUCAGGUUGUUUUAGACGAUCUUCAUGAUCGUAUUUCAAUAAUGUCGAAUUGUCUGGAUAAUAGAAAGCCUGUCACUCAAACGCAGGUACAGAAUGUUGUGCUUAGAUCUUUGUCGCUCUCUCGUCAGAUCAGUAUUACCAUAAACGAUAUUGGCAGCGACAUCGUUGAGAGGCAAACAAUAAUGAUGAUUAGGGAAUUAAAAGCUGCAAUAUUUGAGGCUGAUGCUGCUUCGAAAAGUCUUUUAGUAGAAAAUGCUACAGAACCACAGCAACUACGUGUGAUAAAACGGUGCGAAUUGAUUUUGAACGUAGUCAAAAGAUUACAUCCGGCUUUAGUUGCUAUUAUGAAUAAUACAACAUUGAUGAAUACCAGUUACGGGAAGAACGGCAAGGGACAAGGAGAUACUAUUCACAACUUGAGUAAUAAAUUGAUAUCUACAAUUUAUGGAUUAUCCAAUGAUCAGCAUCAUCAAAAACCUUUAGCCUACAUAAGGACCCCUUAUACUGUGAGCAAUUGCAAAUCAUCCUUAUCCAUACAGACUGCAAAUAGCAUUUCUAGAACACAACUGAAUUUAUCGUGUUUAAUCCCUUAUAUUAAAAAAGGACGCGAGAUGCGCACCGAACAUUCGGUAAUGUAUAGAACACCAUGCAAAAAUGACUCUAUUGAUCGAUCAUUGGCCGACGUUAAAUUAAAGACUCGAAGUUUGACGACUAUUAGACAACACCUUUUUAGUAGAGAUAGUAUUGGUUCUCAUGAUGAUACUUGUUUAUCCGAGGAAAGUAUGAAUCUAACAGGUGUUUUAGAGAGAUUUGCAGUUUCUUAUACAAAUUUGACUGUAUCCUCAUCAAAAUCUCAUCAUGUCGAGAAAAUGCAAUAUGAUACAAUCGCUGACGCUUCAGAUAAAAAGUCUGUGAGAUGUUUGACCGAAUCUUUGGUUGAAUGCAUCGAAACACAGUCUGAAAUGACAGCUGGUAAGAUGGAUCAGUGUUCCACAAUUGGUGGAGGUGAUGGACCAUCGAUCGUUAAUAUAUCGAAAACUUACGAUGAUGCUCGACGUUUAAGUAACAACACCGAAAUGACACAAGAACGAUUAUUUGGAGAUAAAACGUAGCUAUUAUAAAUUACAUUCAUGAAGAAAAAUAUUAAUCUUCAUUGAAUUUGAAGUUUCAGUAUCGAUCUGAAAAC